UGACGUGCGCACGCCCCUGACACCGUGCUGCUGCUGCUGCUCCGCUGCUCCGCUGCUAACUGAGGCGUCUGAAGAAGCCUGCAGAGCUGCAGUGGACAUUACAGCCAGUCAACAGCAUGGCGGCUCCCGGCAGCGUCUUCUGUCGCUUAUUACACACGCACAACUCUUCUCCUCUGAGGAAACUCUACCCGCAGCUCGUGAGCAGCGGCGCGCGGCGGCCAUACUCCCACCAGGAGACUGAAGUUGAACUUGGAGAGUCGCGUGAAGCCGCUGCCGCCAACUUCAGUCCAACUGUGAAAAGCAACCAGAGACAGAAGCCACUGAGAGACGACAGUUUACUUCCCUUCUCAGCGUUCUUGACCGACAACUUUGGCCGGAGGCACAGUUACCUACGCAUCUCCCUGACAGAGAAAUGCAACCUGCGCUGUCAGUACUGUAUGCCAGAGGACGGGGUGAAGCUUACACCACGGAGCCAGCUGCUGUCCACCUCGGAGGUCCUGACCCUGGCUCGCCUCUUUGUCCAGGAGGGGGUGGACAAAAUCCGCCUCACUGGAGGGGAGCCCCUCAUUAGACCUGAUGUUGUCGAAAUCAUUGCAGAACUGAAGAAGCUGAAGGGCCUGAAAACCGUAGCGGUAACAACCAAUGGCAUGAACCUGGCCAGACUUCUGCCCAAGCUGAAAGAUGCCGGCCUUGACCUUAUUAACAUCAGCCUGGAUUCACUGGUCCCCGUCAAAUUUGAGUUUAUUGUCAGGCGGAAAGGGUUCCACAAGGUUAUGGAGGGCAUUGAUAAGGCCAUUGAAAUGGGCUACAACCCUGUCAAGGUCAACUGUGUGAUCAUGCGAGGUUUCAAUGAGGACGAGCUACUAGAUUUCGUGGCGCUGACAGAAAAGAAGCCUCUGGAGGUGCGCUUCAUCGAGUACAUGCCCUUUGAUGGCAACAAGUGGAACUUUAAGAAGAUGGUGAGUUACCAGGAGAUGCUGGACCGCAUUAAGCAGCAGUGGCCCAAACUGGAAAUGCUUCAAACUGGACCCACAGACACAGCCAAGAUAUUUAAAGUGCAAGGCUUCAAAGGUCAGGUGGGCUUCAUCACCUCCAUGUCCGAGCAUUUCUGUGGCUCCUGCAACCGCCUGCGCAUCACUGCAGACGGUAACCUCAAGGUGUGUUUGUUUGGCAACUCUGAGGUGUCUCUCAGAGACGUCCUGCGUUCUGGAGCACCAGAUGAAGAGCUACUGCAAAUCAUCGGAGCAGCAGUGGGCAGGAAGAAGAAACAGCACGCAGGCAUGAUGAGUAUCUCCCAGAUGAAGAACAGGCCUAUGAUCCUCAUUGAGUCUUUGACAGAGUCUCUGACAAACUCACAUGACAGUCAGAGGGCUCCCUCCAUUGUUCUCCAGCUCGCAAACGACACAUUCCCCUCUCAAACAACGGCUCCUCACGCAGGUCUUUCAAGCAGCAGAGUCCUGAGUAGAGAGCGUUUUUUGUGCCUUUCAAAUCACAUCGCUUCAACACCAGCAGACAUCGUUGGCUGCUCUAGAACCUUAAUGAGUGGGGGAACCCAUUUGUGGAGAGAGAAAGAAAAACCUAAUGUGACGGACAACCUCCACAGUGUAGCACCGCCCCACCGCACCACACGCACAAAUGUCACAGGCCACAUUAAUGAAGACUGUCUCAGGUACGCACAAGCCCGGGGUCCUAAAGCUUUUAAAAGCCACGUACACAGGACCCCAGGAAUAUCGAUUUUUUGCACAUUGAUGAAUCCCAAAAUAUAUCUUAACCAUCGCAGUGUUCGACUGUGCCUCAACCACAACUCCAGCCAAGACCCCAGCGUCAAACUCAGACAAUCUGAUCAGAACAACACUCACCUGAAUGGAACCACCGAGGUCCAGCUGACACACACAGACGCCCAGGGCCGAGCCACCAUGGUGAACGUCGGGGGGAAACUUCCCACACGUCGGACAGCCACAGCACGUGCCACUGUCGUCUUGGGUCCCACCGCUUUCCAGUUGCUUCGAGAUAACCAGCUGGCGAAGGGUGACGCCUUGUCAGUGGCGCAGUUGGCCGGCAUCAUGGCUUCCAAGCAGACCUCAGCCCUCAUCCCGCUCUGCCACCCGCUCCCUUUAGACCACACCUCUGUCACCUUUGACCUGGAGGAGCUUCAGAACGCUGCGGUCAUAACAGCAACGUGUAGCACCACGGGCAGGACCGGGGUCGAGAUGGAGGCUUUGACGGCUGUGUCCGUGGCGGCGCUGACCGUCUAUGACAUGUGCAAGGCAGUGAGCCAUGACAUCAUCAUCACAGAUGUGAAACUGGUCAGUAAGACGGGCGGGAAGAGGGACUUUCAUCGGCAUCCAUGACCACAUCCUCCAACAGUGAAUCUGAUGCAGGAAAACUGAGAAGCUUCAAAACUGAUUGUUUGAAUUUUCACUAGGAUCUUAAUAUUUUUCUACAAAAUCAAAUGAAUGCCAUGAAAAUUAUUUGAAAGAUGUUAUAAUCUCAAAGAAAUGCCACAUUAAGUGUUUUUGCCUGCAUCUGCUAAACUCUGCCUGUAGCUCACUUUAUAACCAGUGAUAUAUGACCUGUUUAGUUACUAGAUCUCGCACUUAUCUCCAUGGACUGUAUCCAAAGAUGGACGACGUGUCACCACUUCCUCCCACUAUCCAGAAAUGAACUUAAAAUAUGCCAGAUACGAACGCCGCCAUGUUGCACAUUUGUAGCCACAGUGUCUGAUACCCGAACUCGACCAAUCACGGGUCAGUCCCAGCUGUCAGUCAUGAUGUUGCCCUGUUUUCAUGUCAUCAAAAAACUAAUUUAAACCAAACUUAGCAAAAAAAAUUGAGCAAACAUCAGUGUAAAUUAGAACUUUACUUUAACUUUAGUU